AUGAAAGAAGAAAUUGCUGCCACGGUUGUGUUCAUCACAAUGCUGGUUAAAAAGCACAGAAAGCUGACCAAACAGAAAAUAGAAAAAUUUGCAGCCAAGCUCACCACCAUAUUAUUUGCAAAGUAUAAAAAUCACUGGUAUACAGAGAAUCCCAUGAAAGGACAAGCAUUCAGAUGCAUAAGGAUAAAUGUGCAUCAGUAUAUAGACUCUGUCUUGGAGCAAGCGUGUGCAGAGAGUGCCGUGGACUUCAAUGACCUUGGCUUACCAAAAGAAAUGACCAUAUGGGUAGAUCCGUUUGAAGUGUGCUGCAGGUAUGGGGAGAAAAACAGUCCUUUCACAAUUGCGAGCUUCAUGGGAAAAGAAGAUCCUAAUGUAUCCAAACGCAUUAGCAGUGCUGUUGAAAAGGCAACCUCUGACUAUCACUCUGGCACGUCCUCAGAUGAGGAGACCAGUAAAGAACCAAGGACCAUUCCUACAGUGAGCAAUCCCAACAGUGUAUACCAGUCUCAAGACUACAUUCCUGCAAUCCAAGCUUGGUCCCAGUUUCCCCGUAGAAAGAAUUACUCAAGUGAUGGAUACCAUCAGCAUCAGGCUGCUGGAUAUUAUCCUCAACAAAGAAGCUACAAACCCUUCAGGCAGUCUGCUUUUUCAGGUCCUAGGAUUGACCGAUACCACUGGGUGAAUGCAAAGCGAUAA